AUGGACCCAAAGGCGCAUCUCAACAACACUCGUGCUGUGGUCCAUCUGACCAAAACUAAAAGUAUCAUUAAAAUGAUCACGAAUAACGAAAUUUAUGUUCAUAAACGAUCAAAGAGUGCAAUGACAGUGAAAGUAACCGCCGGAUUAGUUAUGGGACUGAUCGUGUUAGAUCCGGCUUCCAUCGAUGAGAUACGUAAAAAGAAUUCUAUCCGAUACAAGAUUGUAAAACAUGUGCUAGCAGAGGCAACAACGGCUGAAAAUAUGAAUAAGAAAAUUACUGAAAAGUCAUUAGAUGUUGAUCAUUUAAAAUUGCUGUAUUACAUAAUUUCUGAGCAAAUUGUAAAAUUAAUUUCUCCAACGUGUUUGGACUCUCUUACCAAUGCAAUGGAAAGUUAUUCAUCACAUUCUUGUACAAUUAUUAGAGUGGAUCGAAAAUUUUAUUUUGGCAACUGUGGAGAGCUUGUGGAUGUCAUUGUGGAUGUGUUUGGAUUUUCUGAAGUGAAAGCCAAAGUGAAUGACGAAGAAAUUCCUUUCAAACGAAAACUAUCUCAAGUAAUUUUUACUUUUCAACUUCCAGCAGAACAGAAUACGGUCUCCUCUAAAAAGUUCAACAUUUCGUUUUUGAGUCACACAUUCAAUUUUGAAGUGUUUUUAAUUGCUGCAAACUUGGAAAGAUGUUUUGAUAAUUUCAUGAAUGUUGAGCUGUUUUGUGAUAAUGGAAUGAGACGUGAUCAUGCAGAAUCUCUCUUCAACUGUAUACCCAGUUGGAAAAUUGACACAGGUAGUACCUUUCACUGUUACGUGAAAGAAUAUUUGCAAGUUGCAAAAAAUUGGACACAAAACGAAGCAGACUAUCUUUUAGAUUUUCUCAAGUUUUUGCUUACAACCAACUCGUUUUUUGCACUAUUGGCUUUUCCAUAUCCAAAGGAUUAUCCCACAAACUCGUACACCUAUCUGUACUGCAUGAAACUAUUGAUUGACCUGUUUUUCGUAUUCAAUGCCAAAAUGAAGUGUAAAAAUCCAGUGAUGAAUUUUUGUUUGAUUGAUAGAAUAAACCGAUGA